CUUACUUGUAAUGGGCAAAUCAUUGCUGAAUCCAGAUCACGAGCUAGCCGACUACAACUACACAGGCUCCAAAUAUUGGACUCCAAAAGAAAGACAGCAGUUCCGUCGUGCUUGGCGCGUUCACCGUAAACAGUUCAACAUGGUUCAGAGUUCUGUAGAGACGAAAUCAUUGCCAGAGAUUAUAGAGUAUUAUUAUUCCUGGAAAAAGUAUUGCCCUGAUGAGUACAGGGGAAGGAACCGUCACGUUAGUGAAGAGUUAUUGUCAGAGGAAGAGGAAGGAUUGUUCUGUCCCUCAUCGACCGGCUCACACUCGUCUGAUUCAAACGAUGCCGACCAGCAGCCGCUAGAUGACUCCGCUCACAUUAACGGAAACCUCUCUUCCUCAAAAUCCUCAGUCUGGUCCUCAAAAAGCAGCGAGAAAGGUCUUUCAAGGGGAGGUGGUCCUAAAUUGGGCCGGUACCUGACUGAGUCUCGUAGUUUCAGCAGUCACUCCAUGAGCAGUGGGCAGUCGAUCAUUGGACCUUCUGGUAACCAGGAGCACCGCUGCAAGUAUCCAGGAUGUAAUCAGGUGUAUUCAUCUAUUUUUGCACUCAAUGGUCACAUAAGAAUCCAUGGCGGAAGUUGGUAUCCAAAGAAGUUUGACGUUGAGACAAUGAGAGAGGAGAGUCCCCCACUGGCUCUAUCUGAUGCUCGGGACCCCAUGACAAAGAAAGAGGAAGAACUCCUCCGCAAGCAUCAGCUCGAGGUUGCUAAGACAAUGGUUAUGGAGCUGUCACAGCCACGCAGCCCUGUCCAUCCACUGGGCAACCUUACCCCUAGCCCUAAGCCGUCUCCUGGUCACGGGCGAUCUUCUCUGGUCAAGAGCAAGAAGGCCUGCAGUGCUAGCCCUGCAGAUAAGGAAGGAUUCUAUCCUUGCAAUCGUUGUGGACGGGUAUUUCAUAAAGUUAAAAGUCGCUCUGCUCACAUGAAGUCCCAUAUUAUCAAGCAGCAAGUUCAGUAACCGUCCCUCUUCCAAAGCUGCAGAUUUUUCCUGAAAUCAAUUAUUGCUACAAAUCACAGAGACCUCUUUAGAAAUAAACAAAAUAAAUAAAUAAUAUACUUAUUAAUAUAGCGUAUUUUAGAUAAAAGAGACAGAGACACACACAUGCACUCACACACAGAGAGAACUCAGUAACACACCUUAUCAUUAAACAUCAUUAACUGUUGUUGUAACAUAUAUAUAUAGCACAUUCACUUUUCACUUGAUUUUAAGGUUUAAUACUUUGAUAAUUACAUUAA